AUGCAGGGAAUGAUGGAGAUAUACAUGCUGUAUUCUUUCAGCAGGGGCCUGGAGGAAAACAAGUUCAAAUACCGCUUACCUGAUUACAUAUACUAUUUCAUGAUCGUGAUACCGAUCAUACUUCUGGCAACUUCUUGGAUGAAGGUCUACUCGCUGUCUGGAGCUUUGCUUUCUUCUAUCACCUUGACAUGGUCUUUGGCAAAUUACAACUCCCUGGUGAACUUCUACUUUAUGAGCAUGAAGGCCUCGUUGCUGCCUGCUGUCUCUAUUGGAUUCAGGCUUAUAUUGGAUGGCAAAAAGUCAGCAUUGGUUCACGUUGCGGGCAUGUUUGCAGGAUACAUAUACAAUUGUCUUGAGACCAAAUCGUUCGGUCCAUUGGCGGGUAUGCUGCUUAGCAUGCAAGGUGCAGACACUAAUGUGCAUCCAAAUAGGGUGGGUACACUGAGCUCCGUCAAUAGCCAAUGGUUCUACGCGACUGGAGAUCUGCCCGCUCCGAUGUGGCUGAAGUCGCUGGUUACGAGACUCAUUGGUGUCAACUACACACAGGCUCCUAGACAUGGCUACCAUGUGAUAAAUUCGGGAACUGUGCCUGCUACUAGCCCUGCCUCUGCUGCCUCCUCUUCUGGAUUCCUCAAGAACCCAUUUGAAAAGCCAGCCUUCAAGGGCAAGGGUCAGAGACUGGGAUCGAACUAA